ACUUCACUUGCUCACUGUCUGCCGGAUUUGCCCAUGCCGCUAUAAUUGAACGUUAGCAUCAUGACUGGAGUACACGAAACAGCGCUGCUGCCUUCCGUGCCGCGGACAAGAAGAAGAAGAAUCGUUUUGCGGCGGCGGGCAAGCGCCAUGGCUAUGUACGCGCUCGUGCCUGUUAUUGCGGCAUUGAUAGCGGGCAGCCACCCUAGCGUCAAAGCAGCCACUAGCGGCCCGACUGCUCCGGUCACGAGUAACGACGGUCAGCUACCUGAUCAUGUUUUGCUGGAGGAUAAAAUCUCCGCACUGCACUCUCCCGUCAAAAUCCUGGUGCUGCCACCGUCACAUACGAGUCCCGACACUCUCUCCAUAGAGCUAUCCAGUAACGCCAGUGUUUGGAUCAUUGAUGCCGAGUUGAACGAUGUGUCAUUCGCGUCCAAUUUCAGGCGCCACCACUUUUCACCCGACGGCGAGCAAGUCAUUCUGAUAUCGGAUGAUCCAAGACACUUUCCACAGCCCUGCCAUUACCACGGGUACGUGCGGGGAGAGAACAACGCGACCACGUGGGCGGCAGUCAGCACAUGUAACGGCAUCAGAGUAACAUUCUACGAUGGAGCAGAGCUGUUAUCAGUACAGCCGAAUGUUACCGACUCAAGUACGUACACGAUAGUGAAGGAGAGAGAGCUUGUCGGUGUCAGGGAUCCCAUGUCUUGUGGGGUGUCGGAGUCAGCGAUCACCGGCAAGUCGUUUGAUAUAGUAAUCAAGUCAAUCAAUGACAAGGCUCCAGAAGCUUCACCAGUACACCACAUUGUGAAACGGACCAUCACCUACACCUACUUCAUUGAACUAUUUGUCGUGGUGGACAAACGAGCUUUCGACAUCAUUGGCAAUGUGUCAACGGUCACGACUAACGUUAUGGACCUCGUCAAUAUCAUGGAUAUGCUGUAUAAAUCCCUGGAAACACGCGUCGCUCUCGUCAACCUCCUUAUUUGGAAUACCGGCGAUCCUAUAACGUACGCCUCAACGGACUCCUCUGUCAUACUGAACGGGUUUCAGAAUUAUUGGUCCAGUAACGGUUUCCUUAGUAACGCCAGCCUGCACGCUGAUCACAUCAUGCUAUAUUCAGGGUUUGACUUUGAUGGCACUGUUGUCGGCCUGGCAUACCUGAGCCGGGUCUGUACCAGUAAUCAAGUCUCCAUUGUACAGAGACUGACAUCUGGCUACACUGAUCAGAUAGCCGCAUUCAUAAUGACACACGAACUAGGUCACAAUCUCGGAAUGAGCCACGAUGACGGACGUGCAUGUGACAACUGCACGACAGGAUCAACGUGUAUCAUGAACACGGCUGUCGGGCCAACGUCUAUUGGACAAUGGACGGCAUGCAGCGUAACCGAUAGAAACACAUUAGUAGCGACAUCUGGUGUACACUGCCUACGCAACUCGCCAACACAGCUGUUCAGCGCACCGUCGUGUGGUAACGGGUUUCUGGAGUCUGGCGAAAGCUGCGACUGCGGAACAGCGCAGGAGUGUGGUGCGGAGUCAGCAUUCUGUUCAAAUUGUCAGUUCACCAACGGCGCGGCUUGCUUGAACGACGACCCGUGCUGCGAGAACAAUCAGAUUGUGAGGCGCGCUGACCUGAUGUGCCGCAACAUCACCAGCCAGUGCGACGUAGCCGAAUACUGCGAUGGUCAGAAUUCUGUGUGUCCAGCUGACGUGGCAGCUCGUAACGGAUGGCCCUGCGAAAAUAAUCAGGCGUACUGCUGGGACGGAGUAUGCCAGACAUUCUUCAGCCAGUGCCAACGGAUAUGGGGAACAGAUUGCCCGGGUGGUUCCGUUCGAGAAUGCUUCACAAACGUCAACACGAUGGGAACUGAGUUUGGCAACUGCGGUUUGAACUUUGCCACGGGAGCCUACACGGCGUGUGCAGCAGGAAAUACCGUGUGUGGCAACAACAUGUGUCUGGUGGAUGGCGACAAUGCACCGAUAGUCAGCGGCAGUUUCAACUCCACCGCCAAGCUUGCUACGUUCACGCUCACCUUUCAAGACGGUAGCCUGCAUAGAUGCAGGGCGCUGAGUCUCUUCUCACAGAGCAACAGUGAUAACCCGUCGCUAGUGGCAGACGGUUCGCGGUGUGAUCCGAGCGGUGUUAACCAAGAUCUGAUCUGUCACAGCCAGACCUGUGUUGACAAAUCCACUAUCACAACACCUUGUCCUCUCGCCGCUAACAACAUGGAGUGCAAUGGAACUGGGGUAUGCACAAGUGCUGGCUCAUGCGCCUAUACUCCUGCACCAUCUCCUCCAAGCACAACUGCACCGACAACCGUGCCGAACCUUGUGGCGGUUGAGAAUGUUACCCAGGCACCAUCAUGCCCAGCAUUGUACAACACCUCUAUCCCUCUAGAGCAGCGAUGGGAAUUGCUGUACACCUGCUGGACGGGUUUCUUCGCUCACUGGACGGACUUACGCGCCGCGUUCACCGCCUGCGCUAAUGGCUACACGAGUGAUGCAAGCGCGCUGAAGAACUGCCGGUGUCAGUAUAUAAACACCACCGCUCUGGCCGCCGCGCCCACGACAACAACAACCACUACUGCACCGUGACAGUCGUGCGCUAGCAACAACCGCUAGCUGCAUGACGAAUAGUGUCGGCUGACGGCCAUGGGGACCAUGCAUGUCAUAGUGUUUCCACAGCCUCCCGAACGUGGUGGCCAAGGUCUAAUGGUAUCGUCCGCACGCUGAAAGCUUCUGCUCUGUAACGUCCACAUGCUGAAAGUUUAUGCUCUAUAAAGUCCACGCGCUGAAAGCUUAUGUUCUGUUCUAUUCACACGCUGAAAGCUUCUGCUCUUCACAGCCUCGUGCAAGUCGUUGCCGCACAGUUGUAAACUGGUACUUGUGCAUGCUGUCAAACACACCCGAUGCGCUCACUGAGCGCAAGGUGAACGUAACACAUUACGCUGACGUGGAAGUGUACGCCAGUCUUAGUUACAUGGCUAAUAUUGGCUAUGUGUACCGGGUAUACUAGUAUCAGUGCAGUGCAGGACAAUGUUGUAGACGUGCAUGCAGUUUGAUCGCAUUUUUCUCGCGCGGAAAGUUCGCGGCUGACCGCAUUGCACUCCACUGCAUAUGUAGUUUUUUUUUUUUUACUAUUUAUUUUCCGAACGUAUCAAUACGCGAGAAUGCACCUUCAUUUGGUAAGUCUUGCACUCCUCCGCUGCACAGGCUGCAAGCUAGUACAUUCCGUAGAAUCUGUUUUGGAUUUCUAUGCUUGUGUCAGUUACAACCUUUGUUCUCGGUGGGCACAUUUUUAGCUUUAGUGCACGCUUGUACGUACUGUAUUUCGAAAUGAGCAAGAGUGCAUAUCGUAAAACGACAAA